AUUGCUGCUCUUUGACGAGCAACUCUCCACCACUCAACAGACUCCCAUUCUCAUGACUGGGAAACCUUCUGAGUCUAAACCAGACUUUGAGGAUGUCACCUUUGUCAGUAUUGGCUCUGACUCUUUAUCUCCUGCAAGCCCUCCACAUCAAAGCUGAUAUUGACAGUGGCAUUUUUCUGAUCUUCAACCAGGACCACAACAAGUGCAUAAAGGUAGAAAGCGCCAGCUCUGUAACAUUGGCACAGUGCAAUCCCCGUGCCACAGAGCAGCAGUUUCGCUGGGUCUCAGAGUCUCGCCUUCUAAGUCUCUCCCUCAAGCUGUGUCUUGGAGCCACGGAAAUUAAAAACUUGGCAAAGGUGCUUCUUUUUGAGUGCGACGAGAAUAGCAAUCUUCAGCAUUGGCAAUGUAAGAAUGAGACCCUCUUUGGUUUGAAAGACCAAGAUCUGCACCUUAAUUGGGGAAACUUCAAAGAGAGGAAUGUAAUAAUCUACAAAGGCUCAGGGACGUGGAGCCGCUGGAGGAUUUUUGGCACUCUGGGGGAUCUUUGCUCAAAGGGGUUUCAAGAGACCAUUACCAUAGGAGGCAAUGCGUUCGGAGCCCCCUGUCAGUUUCCAUUCAAGUACGCUUCGAAAUGGUACGCUGAAUGCACAACAGAUGGACGCACAGACGGGCAGCUGUGGUGUGCCACUGAGAAGGAUUACGACACACAAAGGAAGUUUGGGUUUUGUCCAAAUAAAGGAUCUUUGGGUUGGGACACUGACCCAGUCACCAGGGUUCAGUAUCAGAGGAAUACACAGGCGACUCUGACAUGGCACCAGGCCAGGAUGAGCUGCCAGCAGCAGGGAGCAGAUCUCCUCAGCAUCGUAGAGCUGCAUGAGCAGUCAUAUAUUUCAGGGUUAACAAAUCAUUUGGGAGCAUCUCUGUGGAUUGGACUAAACAGCUUGGACUUUGAGAGUGGAUGGCAAUGGAGCAAUGGAAACCCAUUCAGAUAUCUAAACUGGGCCCCAGGUCAUCCAUCUUCAGUCCCUGGGGACAGCUGUGCAACUCUAAAUACAAGAAAAGCAUCAAAAUGGGAAAGCAGUGCUUGCAGCAAAAAACUUGGCUAUAUUUGCCGUAAAGGAAACUCUACCAGUCUGCCUCCACCACCAGAUAAAGGGCCCAGCUUCUGCCCGAGUCACUGGGUGCCCUAUGGAGGACAAUGUUAUUACCUGGAGAGGAGUAAAAAGACGUGGAGGGACGCUUUGGCAGCAUGUCACAAAGAUGAAGCAGAUUUGGCCAGCAUAAGCAACAUAGAAGAGCAGAGCUUCAUUAUAACACAGUCAGGAUAUUUACAGACAGAUGUGCUCUGGAUUGGGCUGAAUGAUCAGAGGAACCCGAUGUUGUUUGAAUGGUCUGAUCAUUCUCAUGUGACUUUCACCAACUGGCAGAGUGAUGAACCAUCUCAUGCUACCAACCACCAGGAGGACUGUGUCUUGAUCCGAGGAAAGGAUGGAAAGUGGGCAGAUCACAUGUGUGAGAAGACAUACGGAUAUAUUUGUAAGAAGAAAGCUUCCACAAAACCGACUGGAGGUACCCAAGAGGAAGUCAACCCGGGAUGCAAGCUUGGCACCACUAGAUUUGGUUCCUUUUGCUAUGAGAUUGGACGUGAAACAAAAACUUUUGAAGAGGCAAUGCAGGCAUGCUCAAAAGGGGGUUCGAACCUUGUAGACAUUCCUGACAGAUAUGAGAAUGCUUUUCUCGUCAGUUUAGUGGGACUGAGACCAGAAAAGUACUUUUGGACGGGGUUGUCCAACACAGAGGACAGGAAUAUUUUCAAGUGGACGACAAAAAGAAAGGUUACCUUUACUCAUUUCAAUGUUGGCAUGCCAGACAGAAAACAGGGGUGUGUUGCCAUGACAACUGGGACUUUUGCUGGUUUAUGGGACGUUAUCAGCUGCAGCACCAAAGAGAAGUAUAUUUGCAAAAAGAAGGCAGAGGGUGUGCUUGCGACAACCGUCCAACCGACCACCCCACAACUGAACUGUGCCUCUGGUUGGAUGCCUCUUGGUAAAAGGAAUGUCUGCUAUAAAGUUUACAAGAAAAUGAAGGAGAAUAAAAAGACUUGGCAGGAAGCACAGGACUUCUGCAAAGCCAUUGGUGGAGACCUGAUCAGCAUACUGAGUAUGAGGGACUUAGUAUUAAUGAAUGUUUACAGUAGUGAUCCAUUCUGGAUAGGCCUGAGACUCAUGGGUCCCAAUCAAGGUUUUGUCUGGAGUGAUGGAUCACCUGUAAGACAUGCAGCAUACCGCAAUAAUAAUAAUAAAAAAGUUGUGACUGAUCGUUUUAACUCUAAUUAUUUUUUUUCUCCUAAAAACUGUAAUUAGUUCGGUUUGAACUGUGACUCCUAUAAUGAUUGGAUCUGCCAGAUACCCAAAGGUGUGACUCCCAAAUCUGUCCCAGUCUUUGUUGUAGAAGUAUUCAACACCACAGAAGAUGGGUGGCUCAUAUAUAAUGACAGCCAUUACUACAUAAACAAAAACACAUUACCGAUGGAAGCUGCAAGAGAUUAUUGUAAAAAGAACUUUGGUGAACUUGCAGUCAUAACAGCCGAAAGUGAAAGGAAGUUCCUCAGGAAACAAUUAUCAAGGGACUCUGAAGCACAGGGUUACUACAUCGGUUUGGUUGUGAACUUGGAUCAGUCCUUCAGCUGGGUAGAUGGAACACCAGUAACUUACACUGCAUGGGAAAACAAUGAGCCAAACUUUGCAAAUAAUGAUGAAAAUUGCGUAACAAUGUACUCAACCACGGGUUAUUGGAAUGACAUCAACUGUGGUCUGGAGCUACCUUCUAUUUGCAAAAGAAGAAGCAGUUUUAUUAAUACAACAAUGGCACCAACUACCCCUCCUAAAGGGGGAUGUGCACCUGAGUGGCUUACCUUUAAAGGAAAGUGCUACAAAUUCUUUGCGGAAAAGAAGAACUGGAAAGAUGCCAGAACCCUCUGCCAGAAAGAAGGAGGAAAUCUUGUGUCUAUCACCAGUGAGAAAGAGCAAGCAUUCCUAACAACACAAAUGCUGAGCCAAAAGGAGGAUCUGUGGCUAGGCAUGAAUGACAUCAAUUGGGAAACGCAUUUUGUGUGGACAGACGGCAGAGCCAUUUUAUUUACCAACUGGGCCAAGGGACACCCCACAUCAACACCUGAAGGACGCUUCUUUCUGGAUGAGGUGUUUGAUUGUGUGAUCAUGGUUGGCAGCAGCCUCAAAAUAAAAGGACAGUGGAAAGUAGAAGACUGCAAUGAAAAACGCGGCUUUGUCUGUAAAAAGAAUGUUGAUUCCCAGAUUGUGGUGCCAGCCACCACUGUUUCACCAAAGUCCUUUUAUAAGAUUGGCAAUGACUCCUAUAAACUGGUGGCCCAGAAGAUGAAAUGGGAUGAGGCUCGGAGACAAUGCCAGGCAGACGAUGCAGAGCUGGCCAGUAUCCUGAACCCUAUGAUCCAGGCUUUUGUCACCUUGCAGAUUUCCACACUCAAAGAGCCAGUUUGGAUCGGCCUCAACAACAAUGUGACCGGAGGUCGCUUUAAGUGGCUCGAUAACUGGCUUCUCUCUUACACCAAAUGGGGCGAGAAUGAGCCAAAAAACUAUGGUUGUGUGUAUAUAGAUGUUGAUAACACAUGGAAGACAGCCAAAUGCUCCAGUACUUACUAUUCAAUCUGCAAAAGGUCACAGGACUUGGCGCCGACUGAACCACCACAGCUUCCUGGCAACUGUCCAGAGCCAAAGAAGGACAGAUCCUGGAUGCCUUUUAGGGGUCACUGUUAUUAUUUUCUGGGCACGAUGGUAGACAACUGGGCUCAUGCCUCUGUUGAAUGUAUGAAACUAGGUGCUUCUCUAGUGAGCAUCCAGGACCCUGUUGAGGCAGAAUUCAUACAGAAGAAUACUGAAAGCCUGCAAGAUGAAGCCAAAACUUUCUGGAUUGGUCUCUACAAGUCCCAUGACAAUGAGUGGAUGUGGAUCGAUAAAAGUGUUGUAGACUAUACCAACUGGAAAACAGGAAUGCCAAAGUCCGAAACAUGUGUGAGCAUCCAUUCUGACAGCGGAGAGUGGAGCACAAGCAGCUGCAGCAGAUACAGGUCUUACAUCUGUAAAAGGCCUAAAGCCAUCCCACCUACAUCAAAGCCUCAGUUUGUAGUUCAAACUGUUAAAGAAGCAUCAUCACAAGGCUCUGCUGGCAUCACAGUGGCUAUUGUGCUGAUUGUCAUAGCCAUAGUCGGACUCGCUGCCUUUCUCCUGUUUCGCAAACGGAUACAGUUACCCAUGACGACCCUGGGAGAGUGCACUUUUGACAACAAGCUGUACUUCAACAAUCCAAAUCGAGUGCCUGUGGACACUAAAGGCCUAGUGGUCAACAUAGAGCAGAACGAACAAGCAUGAGGAGACACCAAUAGUAAUCAGCACAAUAACAAAUGAUUCUAAAUUAUCUUUAUUACCUUCAGUUAUGAGGAAAUUGACUGAAUGACUUUGAUUACACUAAUUGAAAGGUCCUGAUGCUAGAAACCAAACUCCAUAGAGUUUAUGUUCAUAUAUGUAUAUAUGCAAACUCUAUAUUGUCAAAAAUGUGGAAUUACCCCUCUGAAAAAUAAAGUUUGGCCAGUAGUGUGUAAAACCAGAGCACCUACUGUAGCCAAACAUUGGUCAUACCAUAAUAAGUAGAUGUGUAAUAGGUUCAGUCGUGACAUUUCCUCACUACUAAACACACUAUAGCCAACUGUUAGUAUUGUAAUGACGUUGGAGCAACACAAAUCUUCUGUGCACAUAUGGUGCAUAGAAGUCCACAAUUUUCCAGAGUGCCAAUAUGUACAGACCUCCAAACUUCCUGUGUCCUUCAGAUUACUUCAGUGAAUGAGUUUCCAUUGCCAAGAAACUGUAUCUAAGCUUUGCAUCACCAAGUGCAAUGCAAAGUGUCAGAUGAAGCAGGGAAAAGAGGGCAGCUAAGUUUGGGAUUGGCUCCUUCCUAUCGCAACAUGACUUUACACCAGGGCACAAAGCAAGGGCCAGAAAGCCAUGGAUGAAUGAGCUUUGUGUGAAAUAACUUUAUUUCCCUCCACAGAGUCCUGACUUCAACUUGACACAGCAUCUUUGUGAUGAUUUAGAGCAGAGACUGUGAGCCGGGCCUUCCUGUCCAGUACCAAUGUUUGACCUCCAAAAUAUACUUAUAAAGAAAUGGCCAACAAUUAAAGUAUACAAAUUCUUAACCCUUUCUGAGACUCAUAAAGAUUGAAAUUCUUAAGAUCAUAUUAAGCAAAAAUAAAAUGAAUAAAUAAAAUAUUGCAGGUAAAUUCAUGCAUGUAUGAAGGCAAAUAUACAAAUAAUUUUGGCUACAUAGUGUAUGUAUCAGUUUAAUAUGUACAGAAAUUGGUGACAAAUCAGUGUGGUUGUGAAUAUUUACAUGUUCAAAAUCAUGAAAAGAAUAUCUGUCUUUUAAGAUCAACAGAUCCUCCUCAGAUGUGAUGCUUAUUAAUAUUUGCUAGAGACAAUGCAGUACUACUUACACUAUUGUAAAUAGAUUCUGAAUAAAUAAAAAAUGAUUAAAGUGA